GGUGGGUUGGAAACGGCGAUUUGGUUGGUGGUUGCUGCAGCUACAUCGGUCGUCCCCUGUCACACACAACUGACAACACUGCACCCACCAACACACGAGCUUCACUUGCCUCUGCCAUAAGACUAGCAAUUCCGUCGCAACACCUUUUAAACUCCCGGCAUCCUCGAUCCUACGUCUCUAGAUUCAGAGUCAUCUUUUUUAAGUUUUCCAUCUUCCUAAUUCCGUAGCGAUUCUACUCCAGUUUCUUGGUCCAGGGGACUGGUCGAGAGUAUCAACAGACGAGAAGAGUAUCAUUGAGGAUUCUCCUGAUAUUCCGAGGCCUCUUGCAGAUUCCUGGUGACAAACGAAGGCCGUAGUAUUAUCCAGACAUUCAAAUGAGCUCUAUGAUGGAUCCCUCGGCCGGCUUUGUGGGAAGCGACUCGGGAAAGACGUCCACCCCGAUGAUGGGAACCAGCAACCAGGGCAACGUCACGAAACGCCUCCAAUCCGAACUCAUGUCCCUCAUGAUGUCCUCCACCCCCGGCAUCUCCGCCUUCCCCUCCGCCGACAACCUCCUCCUCUGGACCGCCACCAUGACGGGACCAGAAGGCACCCCAUACGCGGGCCUCACCUUCAAACUGACCUUCCAAUUCCCCACCACCUACCCGUACGCCCCACCCACCGUGCUCUUCCAGACGCCCAUCUACCAUCCGAACAUCGACUUCUCGGGCCGCAUCUGCCUCGACAUCCUGAAGGAUAAAUGGAGCGCCAUCUACAACGUGCAGAGCGUGCUGCUGAGCCUGCAGAGUUUGCUCGGGGAGCCGAAUAAUGCGAGCCCACUGAACGCCCAAGCCGCCGAAAUCUGGGACAAGGAUCCCGCGGAGUUCAAGCGUCUGGUCAUCGGCCGGCAUCGCGACCUCAGCGACGAGGAGAUCCUGGAGGGCUUGUCGUGAGGCAUGGCAUGCGUCCGACGCUUCGAGGAGCGGGUUGCCAACUGUCUCCCUACCUUUCCGGUAUCGAUUCGACGAGCGAGGGAUGUCCCGCGCAUUCAUGACGUUGCACGAUCAUGAGCUGGUAUAAAACGGACGAAGAUGCUGCAUAGACAGAGGAUUUUGAAUCUUGGAAAUCGUGGCGGGGGUUGUACUGCGUUUGUCACGGUGUCGGUGUCGGUGUCGCUGGGAUUGCGGGUUGUAGGUUACGGAUUGCUGGGUUCCUCCUGCACCUUUCGGUUCUUAGGAGUCGCGGGUAGCAGUAUGUUCUGCGGUUGAGCGUAGGGAACGGACGGAGUGCCCUUAAAAAAUGGAACUGCUGCGGUUGCUUUCUGCUAGCGAGCGACAUUGGUCAGGAACUGGAAAUAGAAGCGUUCCUAUUCUUUCUGAAUUUCGUGAUAGGACGUGUAGCAUCGAAACGACACUGGGUGACAGUUCCGCU